GCCGACCCCCUUCCCCACUUCGUCCUCGCGGCCCGUCCUCGCACCCCGCCGCUCCGCACGCACCGUGCACGCACAGCAGGCGCCGCACUGCCUCCCACAGCACGGGCUGCUCCGCUCAGAGGCACCUCUGCCCGCUGCGCGGCGCGCCUGCCAUCCGGCCCGCACACGCGCAGCCCCUCGCGGCCCCGGCGCUCUCGUGCGGCCUUGCCUCGGCGUCGCCUCGUCGCCUCGUUGCUGUGCCGCAGCAACUCCACCGGACUGGCCUCGCACCCUCUGCGCCUCCACACGGCGCUGCUCUGCGUGCACACCCGCGCGCAGCACACCCCUCUCUCUCCGCUCGCUCGCCUCAUCGACUGAGCACCACCACAGCCUCGUCGCUCUCACCUCUCGGCGUCUCGUCCGCCCCUGCCGCAGCGUCGGUCGGCGCAGACAUUCGCCGGAGCAGCUGUGCCUCUGCACCUGCGUGCUGCGCCCAGCACCAUGUCGCCGGCCGUCAAGGAGACUGAGCCUCAGAGCAGCCUGCCGGGACGCGCUGCGGGGGCAGAGACACCUCAGGCCGGGCCCAGCGGCAGCAGCGGCUUCUCUACUGCCUCGCACACGCGCCCUGCAGGCAUUGCACGAGCCGCCAGCAGCCAGGCAGCCAUCCUUGCCGGCACGGCAGACCUGAGUCUGGGCGCCGCAGGCAGCGCAGCCAUGUCGCAGACGCUCAGUGCCGGCGCCGAGCCGCUCUCUGCCGCCGGCGAGGACACGAUUGCGCCGCUUGCGCGCUCCGAGCGCCGCAUGGACGAGCGUAUCAUGUCGCGUGCCGUCGAUCCUAGCCGAUGGAACUGGGAGGCGGAGCGUGCGCGCAUGGAGCAGUCUGCCGACAGCAGUGGUGGCGGCUCUGCAUCUGGCCUGCCAGGGCCGCCGCGGCCACCGCCAUCACGCCAGGCCAGCAUGACGCCAGAUGCAUUUGGCAACUUUCCCGAGCCGACGGGCGCUGCUCGCAGAGCGGCCGCCUCCAGCUCGCAGCGGGCUGGUACAUCUGCGCUCUCGAGCAGCCCGUCCGGUACUGCGACGGCCCCGCCGCCGACCCGACCGCAGCCGCCGCGGAUCGACACGACGUCUCCGCCGCCGCCACGCUCGUCUGCGGCAGGCGCGAGCAUGCAGCACAUGGGCACGUCUUCGCCGCUCAGCAGCAGUGCUGACGUGCUGCCCGUGUCGAGCCCUGUGCCGUCCAGCUCGACGCAGGCCCCGCAGCAGCAGGCUGGGCGGCGCGAGAGCGCGUCCAAGGAGCGCAGCGGCAGUGGGCCGCUGGCCAAGAAGGACCAGAGCUGCGAUGCGUGCAAGAAGCCCAUGACGGGGCAGUUUGUGCGGGCGCUGGGUGUCGUCUACCAUCUGGACUGCUUCAGGUGUCGGGACUGCAACAAGGUCGUGGCUGCCAAGUUCUUCCCGGCCACCGACGACAUGGGCCAGUCCUCUCCGGCCGGCAGCAGCAACAGCGGCUCGAACCACAAUGCGCUCGAGCGCAAGACGAGCCCCACGACGGGCGCAAGCAAGCUCUUCCCGCUGUGCGAGACGGACUACUUCCGCCGCCUCGACCUCAUCUGCGCAAAUUGCAGCGGCGCACUCCGUGGCAGCUACAUCACUGCCUUAGGCAAGAAGUUCCACGUGGAGCACUUCACCUGCUCCAUCUGCCCCACCGUCUUUGGGCCGCAGGACUCGUACUAUGAGCACGACGGGCGUGUCUUCUGCCACUUCCACUACUCGACGCGCUUCGCCAUCCGCUGCACUGGCUGCCGCACCGCCAUCCUGAAGCAGUUCGUCGAGAUCAACCGGAACAACCAGGACGAGCACUGGCACCCUGAGUGCUACAUGAUUCACAAGUUCUGGAACAUCAAGCUCUGCCCUACCGGCUCCACGCCGAAGGACUCGGCCAGCAUCGCAGCGGAGCCCACGAUGCUGCCGGGCGUGCCUGAGCCCACCAACACGGGCGUGGCGCCGGCGACGUCUGCCCCUGCUUCGUCUGAGCCGACGACGGAGGCGCUCGAGACUGAGGCCAACGAGACGCCGUCAAGUCUCAAGCACAAGCAGCGCGUGAUGGAGGAGCAGGUGUACCGCAUCUGGACGGUGCUGAGCGCCUUCGAGGAGAGCUCGGCGGCGUGCAUCAGCGACAUGCUGCGGCACGUCAGCAGCGGACGCUACCUGGGCGGCGUGCGCAUGGCCGAGCGCUUCAUCCUGCACGUCGAGAUUCUCUUCUCUGCGAUCGACGACCUGGAGAAGGAGGCGCGCAAGGAGGGCGCAAAGGGCAUCUCGCACAUCCGCGAGGCGCGCAUGCUGUGCAAGAAGAUUGUCAACUUCUUCUCGCUGCUCUCGCACACGCAGGAGACGGGCGCACAGCGCAUGGGCAUCACGCAGGAGCUGCUCUCGCUCGUCACGGGCCUGGCGCACUACCUCAAGAUCCUCAUCCGCAUUGCGCUCACUGGCGCGCUCAAGCUCGACCGCGAGUACGAGAACCGCGCCGCCAUCUCAUGGUUCCUCAACCAGCUGGCGUUCCUGGCGCGCGAGGGCAACAGCGGCUCGACGGAAAAUGGCGCGUCGGACGACGGCAAGUCGCCCACGAGUGCGCCCUCUUCGGCCACCCAUCACGACAACGGGCAGCACGGCUCGUCCGACUCGCGCACGUACGGCUACCGCAGCCUGCCGCGCAGCACCAGCCCGCUGGCGUCCGAGGGCGGCGAGAGCGCGACGGACCUCUGCGUCGCGUGCUCGCAGACGGUCGAGGAGGAGUGCGUGCGGAUGGGCAUCUACCUGCGCUGGCACUCCAGCUGCCUGCGGUGUACGACAUGCCGGCGGCCCACGCAGCGCGACCCAAGCUCAUCGCGGACCAAAGCGCCGGAGCCGGAGCCAUCGCCAGAUGUGCCGCCAGCGCUGCCUGCGUCGCAGUUCACGCUGGAGACCACGCGACGCGCGCCGACCGAUGCCAACGGCAGCGCAUCUGGAGCAGGGCGAGCAGGCGCCUUGGUGCGCAGCCCGUAUUGCCCUGACUGCCAGACGCCGAACUCGCGGCCAGGCUUCGAGAGCGUCAGCCGGCUGGAGCAGUACGCGUUCCUGCUUCGCGUGGCGCUCAAUCGCCUCUACGCACUGCUGAAGAAGCGCGGCGUCGUGCCGCCUUCGCCGCCGAGCUCGCAGCACGCCGACCUGCCGCCAGAGACGGCAGCCGAGCAGGCGGCAGACCUGUACAAGGACACUGACAUCAAGCGCGUCACGUCUGUCAACCUGGAUCGCAAGCUCUCGACCAAGGCGCGUGUGCCUCACAUCUCAACUGUCGUCGGCAGCCCAUCCGGUCAGCAGACGCAGGGUGGAUCGAUACAGCAGCGCGCUUCGCCUACCGAGAUGGGCCAGCAAGAUCCGCGGCGGUCGCCGCGACCUCCGCGCAGCCCAUCACCCGGACAGUGGGAGACUGGCCGGCCAGCCGGUGCGCCGUCUCAGCAGCAGUCGUCGUACCAGAGCCAGCAGCAGCAGCAGCAGUGGCAGGCGAGCCAGAGCGGGCGGGCGUCGCCGAACAAGCAGGCCGGCAGUGCGUCGCGCGACGUGUCGCCCAACCGGCACGGCGCCAAGCCUGCGCCGCCGCAACACUACCCGCCGCCGAUCCCGGCGCAGCAGCAACAGCAGCAGUCGCACCAGCAGCUCUCGCAGCAGCUGUCUCAGCAGCAUGCACCAGGCUCGAUCGUGCCAAUACGGCCAGCCUUUGCGCGGCACAACACCGACGUGCGCAUCCGCGACGACGGGCCGAUGCGGCAGCCGUCGGGCGACGACAUCACCGCCGCGUCGCUCGAUGCCGUCACGCUUGCCGACAUUCCGCAGCUGCUGGAGGCGGAGCAGGCGCGCGAGCAGCACCGCUCGCUGCCGUCCGAGGGCGGGCGCAGCCUGUCGGAGCUCUCGGCGCUGGAGCUCUUCAUCGUCAAGCACAUGGCCGUCAUGAUGAUCCAGCAGAGCGCGCUGCGCGAUCUCGUGAACCUCGACGACCUCGUCGACUUCAUCGAGAUGCGCAAGAACACGUUCUGGGGCAAGCUGUUCAAGGGCGGCAAGGACGACAAGAAGAUCAAGAAGAAGGGCGUCUUUGGCAUCCCGCUCGACGUGCUCGUCGAGCGCAACGGCGCAGACUCGACGCUGGGCGCGACUGCGACACAGCUGCGCGUGCCGUCGUUUGUGGACGACAUCGUCUCGGCGAUGCGCCAGAUGGACAUGUCGAUCGAGGGCAUCUUCCGCAAGAACGGCAACAUCCGCCGCCUCGCCACGAGUGCCGAGGCGCUGGACCGCGACAGCUCGACGGUGAACCUGUCGGACGACAACCCCGUGCAGCUGGCCGCGCUGCUCAAGAAGUUCCUGCGCGAGCUGCCGGAUCCGCUGCUCACCUUCAAGCUGCACCGCAUGUUUGUCAUGGCGCAGAAGAUCGAGCCGGAGACGGAGCGGCGGCGCAUCCUCCACCUCGUUACCGUGCUGCUGCCCAAGGCGCAUCGCGACACGAUGGAGGUGCUCUUCGUGUUCCUCAAGUGGGUCGCGUCCUUCUCGCACAUCGACGAGGAGACGGGCAGCAAGAUGGACCUGCAGAACCUGGCCACCGUGCUCGGGCCCAACAUCCUCUACUCCAAGGGCACGGACCCGGCCAAGGACGAGACGUUCCUGGCGAACCGCGCCGUGCUGAACCUGCUCGAGCAUCAGGACGACUUCUGGAAGGUGCCCAUCGAGCUCGAGGCCGUGCUGCAGGACCGCGAGCUGCUCAGCGGCUCCGCCGAGCUCACGUCGCGCGACAUCAUCAAGCGCUGCGAGAAGCACGCCAAGCGUGCGCGCGCCGGCACGGGCCCGUCGAUGCAGAUGGGCCCGGGCAGCCAAGGUCGCGGCGCCAUGCCCGGCGGCGGCCAGCAACAGCAGCGCUGGGUCGACGGCGCGAACCGGCACCAGCCAGACCUGCACGCGCCGGCGACGAUGCGCCAGGUCGGCAGCGACCAGGCGAUGAACUACUCGCGCUCGCAGGGCAACGCCGGCAGCGGCGCGCCGAUGGGCCACAUGGGCUCGAGCCACAGCUUCCCGCGCAGUCCCGUCAGCGAGGACCCGCGCGGCACGCCGUGGGGCUCCAACUUCAGCGGCGGGCAGCAGCCGCAGCACUACCAUCAGCCGCAGCACCCGCAGCACGCUCCGCCGCCGCACCACCAGCAGCAGCCGCAGCACGGCUACGGCGCCUCGCCGUACGGCAGUCCGACGCAGCCGCCGCGUGACCAGCAGCCGCCGCAGCAGGGUGCGCCGUACAACUCGUCCUUUGGGCGUGUGCCCGGCGAGCAGACGCCGCAGCGCAGCGGCACGCCGCAGGGCCAGUUCUACACCUACGACAACGACCGGCCCACCUCGCGCUCGCAGCAGGCGCUCGAGCAGCGUUCCAGCUGAGCGCCUCUCACUAAUUCCUCCCCACUCUCCCACUCUCCCUCUCUCUCCUCGGACCUGCCGUGCCUUCCUCUCACCUGUCUCGCCACACCCGGAUCAUCCACCGCCCUCCGCCGGCGUGCCUGCGUGCCCUCCCACUCUGCUCCAGCACCCCUCUCCUUCCCCACCCCGCCGUCACCGAGUGCCGCGUCUGCCUCUUCUUGCCACCUCGCAAUCCAUCUGCCGCGCGCGACUCUAUUUCGC